UUUAUAUGUUGCUGUCAGUAGGGGUAGGAUGGAAACACAAGCUGCAGCUCUUUAAAAGGGCGCCAUGGGGAACACGGAGAGUGUGGUGGUGCAGAAGCGGCUGGCCCGCUUCCGUCCAGAGGAGCGGCCUGUGGUGGAGGGGGUUUUUGACAAGCUCCUGGGCAGUGCUGGGGGGCCUGCUGGAUCCUCUGGGAAGACAUCUGCUAGAAAGAAUCUCACGCUUGAAAUGCUGCAGUCUUCAAUGGGCAGCCUGGCUCCAGACUCCAUGGUGAGGAGGGUUUACCAGUGCAUGUGCAGCAUCAACCCUGAACUGGCAGCACCAGGAGCUUCUGGGAAGACCAACAGCGCCCCUGCUGCAUCCGGAGUUGGUAGAGAACAGUUGGUCAUUUUUCUGGCAGAUACCUUGCGAGGUACUGCAGAAGAACGGGCUCCUCUUGUCAUGGCCAUGUCUCAGCGCGGGGGCGUGGUGGCAUCAACGGUCACAUGUGAGCAAGUCACAGAGUUCCUACAGGACCUGAUUUCUGCUGCAGUUCAGAUUCAGACCCAGAGGGGGCGCCUGCAGGGCUGGCAGCCAGAGAGAAUGGGUGAUUGUUCGCUGGGUGUCAAACUCUUGGCAGAGCAGUUGUGUUCUGAACUCAAACCCUCAGAUCAGGGAGCUUGUGAUGUUUCUUGUCUUGAAGACUGGGUCUUUAGGGUCUCUCAGGUGUCAUUGUACCUGGAGAUGCUGGUCGCUGAGGGCCUGAAUGUGUCCCUGAGUGGCAGGCCAGCCCCUACACUGCUGCCCCCCUGUCAGGAGACACCCUGGAAAGAGCUGAGCUGUCUCCUGGAUCUCCCAACCGUCAUGUUUCUGGCACCGCAGUUGCCAGACAGCUACAACGCCCCCUGGAGGCUUGUGUUUUCCACACGCCUGCAUGGAGAAAGCUUCACCAGGAUGGUGGCAGGCCUGAUGAAGCGAGGGCCCACACUACUUCUUCUCAAAGACACAAAGGGACACAUGUUUGGGGGCUUUGCCUCUCACGCCUGGGAGGUCAAACCUCAGUUUCAGGGUGACUCCAGAUGCUUCCUGUUCACCGUGUUCCCCACACUGAGAGUUUAUACAGCUACAGGAUACAAUCAACACUUCAUGUACCUCAACCAGAACCAGCAGACCAUGCCCAACGGACUGGGCAUGGGUGGCCAGCAUGACUACUUUGGCCUGUGGUUGGACAGUGAUUUUGGUCGAGGUCACAGCAGAGCGCGGCCUAAGUGCACCACCUACGGUAGCCCUCAGCUCUCUGGCGAGGAAGACUUCAAAGUGGACUCGAUGGAAGUGUGGGCUGUGGGAAAACCUCCAGAACCAGAGGAGGGUGAGGAGGAGGGGGGAAAGAGGAGCAUCCUAGAUGUGGAUCCAGAGGUCCAGGCCAUGAUGGAAAUGACAGGGAAGACUCUGCACAGUCAAGGACUGAGGGAGCCAGAGGAAGACCAGGACCAGUGACUGAAACACAGACAUGGAGGGAUACAAUCCUGAUAUUCUGAGACUGGUACGGACAUGAGUAGGGUCGUUUUUAACCUUUAUAUUUGUCUAUAAGACUAAAGUAGUCAUCAAUACACACAGUGAUAUCAGAUUCCUUCUUGUUCUGUGUGGACUCUUAAAUUUUCCCCCUAUCAGUGAGACAGCUAGCUAUAGAAGGCAUCAUCAUAAUUCAGUAGCAAACUCUCUGUUAAAACAUUUCUUAAUUUGUCAUGUACGGCUGGAACAGAAAUUGUUUUAUAAGUGUAUACACACUUUAGCUAAGCUGUUUGUGUUUGAUUGAAGAAAACGGUUUUGAAGUAAUAUUUUGGAAAUAUCACAGAAAUAUAUCUCCAAGAAGAAGCAGACCCACUAGUCCUCCAGCAGCAGCUUCAGCUGACCUGAAUGCAAUACUUGGAUAUCAUCUGUUAUUGUCGUGGUCACUAGUUACAGCCCUUGACUACAGGUGAGGGUUUGUACAUAAGUCACCUGGUACAGUGGGAGUUUUACUUUCAGCUAGCUUCCUCCUCAUCUCAAAGAUUCAGUACAACUACAUUACUGAUAAAAACAGAGGUAUAAAUAUACAAAGGAGAAAAGACUUCUCUUUGACUCAUUUUAGAAAGAUAAUAUUUAAAAAGCUCUAUGUGACUGGUUAUUUUAGAAUCAAAAGUACUGUUAGUUUUUUUUUUGCUACACCACUGAAAAAUUAUGUUUCUAGUUCUUAUCUGAGCCAUUGAUACUAAUUUAUGAGUAUUUACUGAGAUAUCCUCAUGUGUGGGUUGACUGAGAAGUGUAAGUUUUACAGCAUUCCUCCACAGUAGAGAUUUCACCCUAAUUCAAACUGGAAAGUUUGAGGAGCUUUGUUGAUACAAGAGACACAACUCACUAAUACUAAAGAGAAAGACCUGUGGCUCAGGUCUAUUUAAAGACCUGACAUACCAGGAUUACAGUUAAGUUUAAUGAGUUUAUUGAUGUCUCAGGUGUUUAUUUUAUUUUGUUCUACUGUCACAAAUGUUAAUUACUUGCUGUUUUUGUAAGAACCGUGGCACUAAGAAAGCCCAGUGUAUGCUAGCUUUGCAUCAUCCAGAGUUUGCAACUUUGAUUUAGAUUUAUUAUUGUACUUCCAUGCCCUUUUUGGACAGGACAGUUGAUAGAGCCUGAAAUCAGGGACAGAGACAGUGGGGAAUGAAGUGCAGGAAAGGAGCUGCAGGUUGAACUCAAACCUAGGAUUCUCACUUUGAAGCUCAUUUUGACCUCAGGGGACUGUGUCAAAAGGUGAUUAAGGGGUAUGAUAAGUCAUCUUUAAUUAAUAGGCGGUUAGUCUUAAGCAUUGAGUAGCAAGUUAUCCAGACUGGCAGGAAAGCCAUCCCAACAUUUUAUUUAUUUAUUUUUUACCUUUCUGGCAGAGCAUUGAUUAUAUUUAGGAUGUUAAGAGCUUUUAAAAAACAAAUACAGUUUUAAAACACAUUUCCUCUCCUUACUUUCAAGCUCCUUAUUCGUAACAGCCAGGAAGAUAUUAAAACAUAUUAAAACAUUAAAACUCUUACUGAUAUUAAAUGUUUCCACCCCAGAAUGAAAUGCAAUCACAAAUGUGAACCCAGGACCUUCUGGGUAAUGAUUCUGGGUCUUUACAUUCAUGUUUAGACUGACACAGUAUGUGAUCAGUUUGUGUGGUUGUUUUUUUUAAAUAUGUGAACUACCUGUUUGAAUUUCGCUUGUCUUCAACACAGUGUUUGACGUUGACUGAGGACUUUGAGUGUACAUGUGGGUGUAAUGAAUAAAUAAUGAAGUAUUGUGAGA